CUCGGCCCCGCCUCCCGCGGUCGGGGGCUGACCUGAGCGGUCGCCCUCCUCCGCGAUGGCCGCGCCGGUGACGCGGCAGGUCAGCGGCUGCGCAGGCCGGGUCCCGAACCCGACCGGCUCGGACACAGAGCGCGGGCAGCCGCUAGCGGCCGCCGUAGCGGAACUGCCGGUGCUGGACGCGUCUGGGAGACGGGUGACGUUCGGAGCGCUGUUCCGAGAGCGGCGAGCAGUGGUGGUGUUCGUGAGGCAUUUCUUGUGUUACGUCUGUAAAGAGUAUGUUGAAGAUCUGGCCAAAAUCCCCAAGAGCUUCCUCCGAGAAGCAGACAUCACCCUCAUAGUGAUUGGACAGUCAUCAUACCAUCAUAUUGAGCCUUUCUGCAAACUGACUGGAUAUUCUCAUGAAAUCUAUGUUGAUCCUGAGAGAGAAAUUUACAAACGAUUGGGAAUGAAAAGAGGUGAAGAAGUUUCCUCCUCUGGACAGAGCCCCCACAUAAAAUCCAACCUGCUCUCGGGAAGCCUUCAGAGCCUGUGGCGGGCAGUCACUGGCCCACUUUUUGAUUUCCAAGGAGACCCAGCUCAGCAAGGAGGAACCUUCAUUUUAGGUCCAGGUAACAUCAUCCACUUUGUGCACCGAGACAGAAAUAGGUUGGAUCACAAACCCAUAAACUCUGUUUUACAGCUUGUGGGGGUUCAGCCUGUGAACUUCAUGAGCAGACCUACAGUCAUCCACGUGUGACUUAACGUGGCAUCUUCCACUUGUGAAUGGGCCCUUGAAACGUGAACCAAAAUGCCAGGCACCAUGGCUUCAUGGGGUUAUGAAACACAGAGCUUAUGUGCCUAUAAAACUACAUGCUGAGGGGCAUCAUUUGUUAGAAAUGGAAUACACAUUUUAAAUUUUAUAGCUUCUAUAAUUUUAUACAAAAUAUAUAAAAGUCAAAUGUUAUGAAACUAUUCUACCAUUGUUAAUAUCAUUUUAUGAAUAUCCAUUCAAUAAAAGAUUUUUGGCAAUUAAAAUAUAAGAAGGGGGAGCUGGAAAGAUCACUCAGUGGUUAAGAGCACUUGCUUCUCUUGCAGAGGACCCAGGACCCAGGUUUGGUUCCCCAAACCCACAUGGUAGCUCACAAUUAUCUGUAACUUCAGUUCUAGUGGGUCCAACACCUUAUGGCCUGGGGUGCUAGGUGCACAUGUGGUGCACAUGCAUACAUGUAGGCAAACACUCAUAUACAUAAAACAAAUCUUUUAAGAAAUACAUACAUGUGUGUGUGUAGGGAAGGGAAGCAAAGAAGGGGCCAGAUAUGACCCACAGGCUUGUAAUCCUAGCCCUGAGAAAUGGAGACUAGAGUCUGGCCUGAGCUAUGUAGAGAGAGCCUUUCUGAGAAAAAUAGUUAAUGGAAGAGAGGAAUGCAUAAAGGGAAAGAAAAGCAACUCAAGAAAGUUAUUCUGUAAACAGUAUAGCCACAGAUGUAUAAGUACAUUUUGUUUGUUUGUUGCUUGGAGAAAAAGUGGUAAUAAACCCAGAGCAACACUGCCAAUAGGCCUGUGUGUGUGUGUGUGUGUGUGUGUGUGUGUGUGUGUGUGUGUGUGGUGAAAGUAUAGGCAUUCCUGCUUGGUUUCCCCACACUCUCGCAUAAGCUUGGCUGAGUUGGGGGUGGGUCAGGAAAGAAUCUUUAAACAUUAAAGUGAAAAUGCCUGCCUACAUGAAAUGCCUGCCUACAUGAAAUGCCUGCCUACAUGAAAUGCCUGCCUACAUGAAACUUCCUUGGAGGAGCAGGUGAUUUCCUUGCACACAGGUCGCCUCCUAAAUGAGGAUUCAUUGAACCUCUUACAGAAUGCCUGCUCAGCACACGCCUACUACCUAUUGCCCUGGGAUUGUUUUGGUAGAAUAAGUUGAAGGAGAUACUUGGUUUGGUUUGGUUUAGGGACUGUGCUGGGAAUAAAAAAACAAAGUUUUUAUGCAUGUGAGCACAUUCUGUUAUCACUGACAUGUUUUCCUCAGCCCUGAUCAUAUUUUAAAUACCUAGGACAGAGGGUACCUAGAAUAUAUAUAACUCCAGAGUCUUAGAAUAUAUAUAACUCCAGAGUCUUUUCCUGGCAGUGCACUCGUACACAUGUACAUACACAUUCUGCUUUUUAAAAGACAAUAUUAAGAUUUAUUUUAACCGGGCGGUGGUGGCGCAUGCCUUUAAUCCCAGCACUUGGGAGGCAGAGGCAGGGGGAUUUCUGAGUUCGAGGCCAGCCUGGUCUACAGAGCGAGUUCCAGGACAGCCAGGGCUACAUGGAGAAACCCUGUCUCAAAAAAAGAAAAAAAAUAUAAAAAAAUUUUGUGAUGAAAAUGCAUGCUGUCUGAUUGAUUGAGUAUAUUAGCCCACACCUAUGAUCUCAGCACAGGCAGGGGCAGUAAGACUGGGGUAGAUACUGACUUCCAGGCCAGUCUGCGCUAUAGAUAGUGAAAUUGUGUCUCAAAAAUAAAAAGUGUGCAACCAGAUAUGGUGGUGCAUGAGGAGGCAGAGGCAGGAGGGUCUCUGUGAAUUCCAAGAUAGCCAAGGGCUAAAUAGAGAAAUUGUCUCAAAAACAAAACAAUUAAAGACAAAUGUGCUUGGGUUAGGUCAUACAUUUGUAAACCGGCUUUUUCUCACUCCAGAUUUGUCUUAGUUAGGAAACUAUUUUCAUAUUUUACCUUUCAAAAAUCUUUUGUCCCAGAAAUGCUCAUGACACGUAUCAUAAAAUCAAACCACUGGUAACCCUUAGUAUCUGUAGUACUAGGACCUUAUGCUUCAUCCAAAACAUUAAGUCACAAAACUAUUUUAAUGUAUUUUUACACAAGUAUAUACGGACAGUCGUAUUUUUAAAUCAAUAAAAAAAUGAAUAUUUUCAGAA